AUGUCCAUGAUUGUCUUGAUCAUCAUAUACCUUUCAUCAACCUGCGUUAAAGCAGAGAACCAUCUAUUCAAAUGCACCGACAACGGAAACUAUACACUAAACACGCCUUUAAUAUACCUCAACACCACCAUAACGAAUUACACAUUCUAUGCAGUCAAUCUGCACCUCUCCCUUUACUCGAACAUGAGUGACUACGGCUUCCAAAGCGCGUCCAUCGGGCACGCCCCAAACACCGUCAACGGCUUCGCCCUCUGCAGAGCUGACGUGAACCUCCACAUGUGUCGCGUCUGUGUGAAGCUGGCCUCGGUCCAGGUGCUUCGUGAGUGCCCCAAUGCGAGACAGGCUGCUAUAUGGUACAAACACUGCACCAUGCGCUACACUAACGAUCCACUAUACGAGAUGAAGACCGCAGAACCCACUUUUCUGUGUUCUCCGGAAUUAUCAUUGCUAGAUUGUCAGGCAUGCUUGAGAGAGGCAUCCAAAUCUUUCGGAAGUGUUGCCGCAGAAGGCUUCAGAGUGCUAAACCCCGAUUGCAACGUUCAAUAUGAACUUUCUGUGUUCUACAAUGAAACUCGUUUGGUGGAAUUAGGGGUGCCUGUUAUUGCUUCAUUACCUUCCUCGUCGGCCUCUCAGCCAGAAAAAGAUACAAUACCAGGUGCUGACUAUAUUGGUGAUGGUGGAUUUCAACAAUAUGAUUUUAUCAGCAUUAGUGCUGCAACUGAUGGUUUUGAUGAAGCUAACAGGCUGGGGAGAGGUGGAUUUGGGACUGUUUAUAAGGGAAACCUUAUAACCGGAGAAGAAGUAGCAGUUAAAAGGUUGUCCAAAUAUUCAACGCAAGGCGAACCGCAAUUCAAGAAUGAGGUUUUCUUGGUUGCCAAACUUAAACAUAUGAAUUUGGUGAAACUCUUAGGUUUCUCUAUGGAAGGAGCUGAGAGGUUACUAAUAUAUGAAUUUGUUCAGAACGCAAGCCUUGACAAGUUCAUAUUUGAUCCAGUUAAGCGUUCGCAGUUGGAUUGGGAUAGCCGCUACAAGAUCAUAAGGGGCAUUGCGAAGGGAAUGAUGUAUUUGCACGAAGAGUCGGGACUCAAGAUCAUUCAUCGCGAUCUCAAAGGAAGUAAUGUAAUGCUAGAUGAUAAAUUGAAUCCAAAAAUUUCAGAUUUUGGGAUGGCAAGAUUAAUUAAACAAGAUGAUAGUGGCGGAAGUACACUCAACAUUGUUGGAACUUAUGGAUAUAUGGCACCUGAAUACGCAAUGCAAGGAAAAUACUCCUUCAAGUCUGAUGUGUUUAGUUUCGGGGUGCUGGUUCUGGAAAUCGUGAGUGGUCAAAGAAAUGGUUGCGUCCAAAAAGGGAAGAUGAAUGUGGAGGAGCUGUUGACUCUUGUAAGCAAGACAUGGAAGAACUGGCAAGAAGGAAGAGCAUUAAAUAUGAUAGAUCCUGUGCUGACAAGCAGUUCUUGUUCUGUGCUCGAUAUGGUGAGAUGCAUUCACAUCGGAUUGUUGUGUGUUCAAGAAGAUCCUGCAAACAGGCCAUCAAUGGCUUCGGUUGCUCUAAUGCUCAGUAGCUCAACAAUGACUCUGCCUCUACCUGAUGAACCUGCAUUCCAUAUGGAUUUAACAAAUCAGAAUUUAAAAGAGGCGAACUCCAGCGCAGGCUCAGUAUCUGUAAAUGAUAUUUCAGUAACCGAGUUAUAUCCUCGUUGAUCACGGCUGGUUGCUUGAUCACAGGCACAUUGGUGGUCAUGACUUGUAUCUUCGCAUGCCACUCGAAGCACUAAUGUUAGGAAUAGACGAUAAAACUUAUUUCAUAAUACUAGUCUACUCACGAGAAAGACCACAUUUAGCCUAUAAACCAAAAUCUAUAGUAAUCGUACGAAUGUGGACAAGAUGGGAAAGCAUUAAAUAUGAUAGAUCCCAUGCUGACAAGUAGUGCUUGUUCUUUGCGCGAUAUGGUGAGAUGCAUUCACAUCGGAUUGUUAUGUGUACAAGAAGAUCCUGCAAACAGGACCGACAAUGGAUUCGGUUGCUCUAAUGCUCAGUAGCUCAACAAUGUAUCUGCCUCUACCUGGUGAUCCUGCAUUCCAUAUGGAUUUAACGAAUCAAAAUUUAAAUGAGGCGAACUCCAGUGUAGGCUCGUUAUCUGUAAAUGAUAUUUCAGCAACCGAAUAUAUCCUCGUUGAUCACGGGCACAUUGGUGGCCAUGGCUGGUUCCUUGAUUACUGGCACAUUGGUAGUCACAGCUAGUUUCUUUGAAUGCCACUCAAAGCACUAAUGUUAUGAUUAAACGAUAAAAUUUACUCCAAAAUAUUAGUCUACCAUGAGAAAGACCACAUUUAGCCUAUAAACCCAAAUCUAUUGUGUUGUACUAACGUGGGACA